GUGGACGGAAUCUGAGCUUUAACUUUUCUGUUCUUUUUACUCAUUUUAUAGUCACGUAAAACAUGUUUUCAUGUUUUGCUUUAUUAAAUAAAUAAAUAAACAAACGUAACUGCGAAUGCAACAGAGAGACGUUUGCUGGUGUUGGUCAUGUGGAACUUUGAAAAGCAAAAAAUAUGUAGGAUUGUGUUAAAAAAAGUCUAAAAACAAAAUAAUAAAUACAUCUUUAAAAAUAAAAAUGGACUCGAUCAGAAUACCAAACUUACAGUCGAUAACAAAUCUGCUGCUUCUGCAUAAACCAGAUAAUAAGAAUUUUUACAGGUAAAUUAAAAUUAUGAAAAACUAAAGAAGAUUUUCAAAAAACAGGAAUGACUUCAAGGUCCAAAACCAAAUAGAUAUUCCUAUAUGUGUUUAAAAAAUCAUUUUUGUGUUGAACUCCCGGAGAACUGCUGCUAAACAGAGGAUGAAUAUCUGAAGGAUAGAUAAAAUGUUUAUUUGGAGCUAGAAGAUUCCACCCAAAUCAUCUAUUUAAAAAUAAAAGUGACAUUGUAUAUUUAACACGUAACUAAGGAGAUAUGACAUCACUGCUGAUCAUCAUAAACCCUCAGGAUUGAUGUGGAUCAAUAAUAAAUACAAAUCUUAAAAUAUGAAAUUUCGAAAAACUGAAAAUGAUUUUUUGAACGCAAAUUUUCGUCAAAGAAAUUUCAACAAAGACGUUCGUUUCUCGCUCUGACCACAUGGGGGCGCCAAAGUCUAACUUGUCUCCUGGUGUGUGGGUUUUGAUCAAGAGCAGUGGUUGAACUCCGAUCACCUCUUCCGCGUUCACGUUUGCGCAGUCUUUGACACUUUAUCAUCACCCGAACUCUAAAAAAUAAAAUAAAAUAAACAAAGCUCAUAAACAGAGAGGAGUGUCACAGUAAAACUUUAGUAAACUAACCGCAGCUCUUUUCACCAGCUUCCCACUUUGUCUUAUGUUUUACAAAGUGUUUUGUAUUUAGUUUGCAUGUAAAAUUCCUCCGUUAAACGAACGAAUUCCCCAAACCAGCCGCUCUCUUGUUUGCGUUAAUUAACGCAUCGCAGCAGUUAAAGGGUUAAACAUCUCGGCGGCGUUUCUGAGCCAAACCGGAUCACGGUGACAUCAAACCUCGCAGUUAUCUCUUAAAUGGAGAGAGGGCAGCUUCAGGGGUGGAUCUGAGCCUCUGAACGGAUGCGCGCCGACCUUGGAGUCUCCAGGCGCGCGUAAAGGGAGCUUUUGCGCACGGAACCCAGCCGGAGCGGAGAGGCGGAUUCAGUCUGUUUGACUGCAGUCCCGCGUCCGGUACACGCGCGCACCUGGCAAACAGACUUCACUGGAAGAUCCCAGCGUCGUCUCACUGGAAUUUCUCCCAUCAUCCCGAGAGAGAGACGGAGGAUUUGGGAAUUUCUUCGCUGAAAGGAGGAUUAUUCCUGCGUCAGGUACAGCCUUUACGAAACAGUGAUCUCAGCGAUGUUUUGGCGCCGCGCGCGUCUUGGCUCCUCCGCGUCUUCCGGGAAGGAUUUAAGCGCCGCUCAUCUCGACUAAAAACGCGUGAGAGAAGGUGUUGAAGAUGAGCGCCGUGCAGACGCUGCUCCUGCUUUUCCUCCUGCACCAGGUCACGUGCAGUAAGGUCCACGGCGGAGCCUCAGAGCUCAUCGAGUGGACGGACGGCGAGACCGAACCGAAGAUGUCUCCCACGGGGGCCAGUCCACGAAUGAUCAACCCCCUGCGUCUGUUCGCCAGGGGCUCCCCCGAGCUCAAGGGCAGCAUGAGGGAAAUGACAUAUUUACAGAACAUUGAGGACUUUUGGGACUGGUUAUCUAACCAGACAGAUGUUCAGGGCGCUCAGGCCAGAACUAAACGCAGACCCAUCGUCAAGACCGGCAAGUUCAAAAAGAUGUUUGGCUGGGGGGACUUCAACUCCAACAUCAAGACCGUCAAGCUCAACCUGCUGAUCACCGGCAAGAUCGUGGACCACGGGAACGGCAGCUUCAGCGUUUACUUCCGCCACAACUCCACCGGGAUGGGGAAUGUGUCCGUCAGCCUGGUGCCGCCGUCCAAGGUGGUGGAGUUUGAGAUCAGCCAGCAGUCCACGCUGGAGACCAAAGAUACCAAAUCCUUCAACUGUCACAUCGAGUACGACAAGACUGACCGCAGCAAGAAGACUGCUCUGUGCACCCAUGACUCCUCCAAGGUGUGCUACCAGGAGCAAACGCAGAGCCACGUGUCCUGGCUGUGCUCCAAACCCUUCAAAGUCAUAUGCAUCUACAUAGCCUUUUACAGCGUAGACUACAAACUGGUGCAGAAAGUAUGUCCAGACUACAACUACCACAGUGACACACCGUACUCCUCCACUGGAUGAUGUAGUGGUCGUUGGAAUGGCUGCGGUUGGUUGGUCGCAUCGUGUAAAUACGAAGCUGUAAACUCCCGAAAUUCCUAAGAAUCCGACUUAACUCCUGUAUAUAUUGAUCAUGUGCGAAGAAUCAGGGUGUGAGAUUCCGAACAAUGAGUCCUCAUCCUUACAGCAGCUCCCUGGAAACUGGUUGAAAUAAUUACUGUGUUGUCCAGAUGUUUUCUUCAAGGCUAAACAGCUGGACGCUGACAGUGUUGUGCUACUUCCUCACCUCAUUUAAGGAGUAAAAAGUAAUACUCAAACCCAAAAACAUUUUUAGAUAUCACAUUAAACUAGAUUAAUAAAGAUGACAGAACAGA